CUCCGGCCCCGGCUGACUGCUGCCCCUGGCUUUGUGUUGCAGCUUCCCUCCUUCGCCCGCCGCUCGAACAUCCUCACAGGACUGCAGGACCCUGCCGUGGACAACAGGCCAAAGCUGGAUCUCGGCUCCUCCGGCAAGAGCCAGCAGCACCAGUAUGAACUCAACAGCAAGAAGCAUCACCAGUACCAGCCCAACGGCAAGGAGAGCAGCAUGAAGCACCAGUCCCACAGCAAAGGGAAGUACUACUACCAGCUGAACAGCAAAAACCACCACCACUACCAGCCGGACCCCAAGAUGUACGAGCCCCACUACCAGCCCAGCAGCAAGGAGCCACAGAGCCAGGCCUGCUUGGACAGUAACAAGAGCCCCCUGGUCGCCCACCCAGACAAGUGGGCUCAUGGCCCGGCCAAAAACCUGCUGGGCCCGGUCAAGAACCUCGCCACAGAGAGCAAGAACGGGGCUGAGAAGAACCUGUCCAGUGGUACUGGGCCUCCCCCCAGGGACAGGGUGACCAGCAACGGCCUCGGGGGCAAGAUGAAGAUUGUCAAGAACAAAAACAAGAAUGGGCGCAUUGUGAUCGUCAUGAGCAAGUACAUGGAGAACGGGAUGCAGGCGGUGAAGAUCAAGUCCGGGGAGCCGCCCCGGAAGCGGGCUGCGGAGGAGAGGACUCCUAAGAAGGGUGGGGAGGAGAAGCUGGAGGCUUGGCGGAAGCCGGGGGAGGAGAGGGUGGUGGGCAGCAACGCCCUGAGCAAAGCAGAGGGCGAGGGCUGGCAGCCCCCUGCAGAGCUCAAGGAAAGUCCCCGAAAGACUCCCCUGGCCAAGGAGCUGCCCCUUCCUCCGGCGGAGCAGCCCCUGCAGCUCACCACCAAGCCGGACCUCGUGCCCUGGUCCCUGAGUCCCGUCUGCGAGCACAGCCCUUCCUCCAUGGGACUGAACCUCUCCAGCCCCAGCUCAGGGAAGCGCUGCCUGUCGGAGCCGCAC